AACCUCUGUCACAGCUGGCUGCGUGGUUUCAGGCUGUUAGGAGAGGAGGAGGAGGAGGAGGAGGGCGGCUCCAGGACCGCUCCUCCCCACGCCGCCGCUUCCUGCUGCCGGCGGGGACAGCCCUGUCGUGCCGGGCCGCUCUCCUCGCCCCCCGCCCCGGACUCCCCCGGCCCCAUGUCGCAGGGACCGAGCCCCUUGGCGGAGCUGCCUCCCAGCCACUGCCUCCCCGGCCGGGCGGCGGCGCUGGCCGCGGCCUUCAUCGCGUGGCGCCGCGGGAGCCCCGGGCGCGGCCUGGCGCUGAGGGCCCUCAGCCGCGCCCGCCGCCAGGAUAUUGAUGAUGUCGGGCAUAAAUACCAUCUGGAAUUUGUGUUAGAAGACGUCUUUGAGAAAGACAGUACUGUUAACUGCACUUCUGAGGUUCUUUAUCAUCUGGGCAACAAAAACGCUGCUCCAGAUGUGCAAUUUACAAUUGAAGGAGAACUUAAGAACACAGAUGAAGCAGAUAACCGAUUCUACAAUCGAAUCAAGAGCCUGAAAAACGAGCUUGUGGCAGAGAACAUACCAGACAGCUACGGCAACGUGCCCCCAGAAAUGGAGCCCAUCAGAGUGCUAGCCUGGGUUGCCUCUGGCUACGUGAUAUGGCAGAACUCAACUGAAAAUACUAAGUACCAACUUGCCCAAAUAAAACAUGUGAAGCAAGUGAAAAGAAGUGAUGAGUAUCUUGAAUUUGACUACACGAUUCUACUUCAUGAAAACGUGUCCCAGGAGAUUAUUCCCUGGCAAAUGACAGUUCUUUGGCAUCCGCAGCAUGGCACUGAAGUAACACAGAACAGCCGUCAGCCAAAACACGUACAGGACGACUGCAGCAUCUGAUACAGCAAUGGAAGAAGCUCAGAUGCUACCAGAAGCAUUUCAAGGGGGGGAAUAUAAAUUGGUGGGGUGGACACACAAUCAAGGUACGAAGAAAGACCCCUUGUUCAAACAAACAUUUUCCUCUUCUAUGUUGUGCUUUGAUCUGGCACUUUCUCUACUGUGUAGUCAAGUUCUGUGUCAAAACAAACAAAAAACCUCAGUUUUUGCUAAAAAGAAUACUUACGGCACAGGUGCAGAUAUGUUCUCUCUAAAGGCAACUUUUGGCUUUCCCAUGGUGCAAGGGCAACCGUAUUCUCUUUCCAUUCGCUGCAGGAAAAAAAA